AUGGGAGCUUGCCAGUCAUGUUUCGGGCGACGUGACCGCGAUGGCCUGCGCGAGGACGAGGAGACUGCCCUAAUCUACGAAGAGGAGCAUGGUGUGAAUUACGGUAGUUUCGGCGAGCACGAUUCGAACGAGGUCCAGCGAGAGAACGAGGCGAUCCAGAGUGUAGUUGCCAAAACAUCCAAGUACGCGUUUUCUUCCACUAGAGUGAGCAGUUCGGUUAUGCUGACAUCCUGUUUUUGUUACAGCAACAUGGUUGAUGUGUUUGAAAUCACACCUCAUUUGGGAGCUUCCAAUGGGCCAUCUGCUCAUUUUGCGUACACAGGCCAGGGCGCACGUCUUGCGCGUUACCAGCGCUUGGUUUCGAAACUAAAUACUCAAGAAGCGACCCCGCCAGCAGAGGUCAAAGUAGACUGGUUGUUGGACGAUGACGCCGCCGACCCGGAUCGAAACCGCCCGGAAAGCUUAACGACUGUGGAAGGAGAUGAAGGGGCCUUGGUUGGGACUUUCGCCGAUGCCGCUGCCGCUGCGUCGACCACUUCCAAGAUGAUCAAAUGA